AUGGUAGAGUUUAUGGAAAAAAACGGAGAUUUGUCUAAACCAUCUGGUGGUCCUAGGGGUCGACAUUUUAUUCAAUUAAAAUGGAAGGAAUUAACACAGAAAUUGAACAGUGAAGGGACGGGUGAUUUUCACUCGGAGGAGAAGUGGCGCAAGACUGAAGUUCAUACACCUGACAUUCCUACCGAAAACGAGUAUGAAACAAUAUUAGAGGAAACCACAGAAGAACAUUGGAACACUCCAGGCACUAGCAGCCAACCUACUGUACAUCCAAUAACAGCCACAAAUGAUAUUGGACUUCCGACCAUUGAUGACGCAGACGAAUGGCAACCACCCGCUCCCAAAAGAAAUAAAAAAGAUAGCUUAGCAAAAUUAUUUAUAGAAUCUGAUAGGAAUGCAAGACAGUAUGCUAGAGAGCGUGAUUUGGCGUACGAGAAAUUAGAGAAAGAAAGAAUAGAGUUGCAUGAUUAUGAGAUCGUGAAAGGAUAUCCUAUGCAAUCACUGGAGAUAGAGGACAAUGACAUCAAUUUCUCUAUAAAUGAAAAUAAUUCAGUUUCUAACAUAAGGAUGCUGGAGCUAGCAAAUAUAAGAAGAGACGAUAUUUUGACACAAUAA